GGUGGGAACAUCCAUUCUGUUCGUUUCUUCCACAAACAUAAGCAUGUUUUUUUGCACAAGUUUGCAACUUUAUGGACUAUAAACCGGCUCAAAAUACUCGCUAAUUAUACCCCCAAAUCUAUUGCCAAAUCAUCUUUUAGGAGGCCGUGGACCUCGGCUUGACUGUGUCCACAGAGGCUAAUGGUGUUUAGAUGAGAACAGAAGCCAUCCUUUAGUGUGAAUGUGAAUUUCUCUGCACGUUGUCAGAUCACCUGUUUGCACAGGAUGAAAAUUGCAGUAGAAGGCUGUUGCCAUGGGGAGCUGGACAAGAUUUAUGAGACAAUUGAGUAUCUGGAGCAGAAGGAAGGAGUGAAGGUGGACCUGCUGCUUUGCUGUGGAGACUUCCAGGCAGUGCGAAAUGAGGGAGACUUGAAGUGCAUGGCAGUGCCAGCCAAGUACAGAACCAUGCAGACCUUUUACAAGUAUUAUUCUGGGGAGAAGAAGGCUCCGGUGUUUACCAUUUUCAUUGGAGGAAACCACGAGGCUUCCAAUCACCUGCAAGAGCUCCCUUAUGGAGGCUGGGUGGCACCAAACAUUUAUUAUCUAGGUUAUGCUGGUGUUAUUCGCUACAAAGGGAUCAGAAUUGGUGGCUUAUCUGGUAUUUUCAAAUCACGUGACUACAGGAAGGGCCACCAUGAAUUCCCUCCAUAUAAUCCUGAAACACUUCGAAGUGCAUACCACAUCAGAAAUAUCGAGGUUUUCAAAUUAAAACAGAUCCAGAUGCCCAUAGACAUUUUCAUGAGCCACGACUGGCCUCGUGGAAUCUACUACUAUGGCAGCACAAAGGAGCUGUUACGAAAGAAGAAAUUCCUUCGUCAAGAGGUGGAGUCAAACUCUCUGGGAAGUCCUGCUGCAGAGGAGCUCCUAGCUCACCUCCAGCCUAACUAUUGGUUCUCUGCACAUCUUCAUGUGAAAUUUGCUGCCAUUAUGCAGCAUCUGCCUAAAGGUAAAAGUGCACCACGCGUAACCAAAUUCCUGUCUCUGGAUAAAUGUUUGCCCCACAGGGAAUUCUUACAGAUUGUGGAUAUUCCAGAAAGACCAGGUUCAUCUGAGGGUCUUGAGUAUGAUCCAGAGUGGCUUGCUAUUCUCAAGGCUACCAACACCCUACAGAGGACCACUCCUCACCCCUGGAAUCCCCCAGAGAAUAAUGGCUUGCAUGAACGGUGGGACUUCAGCGCUUCAGAAGCCGCUAUGAUGCAGGUGGUGGAGGAUCUGAGCGGGGAGCUUGGCAUUCCAGACAACUUCAGUCCAACGGUGCCAUCCUACAACCCCAACAAGCCCCAUCGUCAGGCUACCCCGAGCUACAACACCAACCCUCAGACGACCGAGCUUUGCGCCAAGUUGGGUCUCACAGACAUCUAUGCACAGGUCGGGCGGGGAGAAGAUGAGGUGGCGAGAGUUCAGGGCAGUACAGGAGGAGAGGAUGAUGAAGAUGAAGAUAGUUUGGGAAGUACUGACGAGCCCAGCGAGUAUCCAACCGAUACUUCAGGAUUGUCAGGUUCAUUUAAUCCAGAUGAGAUCACCAUAGAAGACGAGUGGGAGGAGGAGGAGGAGCUGAAAGCAGAGGUGAAAGCAGACGAGCUUUUUGAUGCGAAAGCAGGUGAAAUCCACACACCCAGCCGUAUGGUUCUACCCGAGCCCAAAUGCAGCGUCUCGCCCCCUCCUCUGCCCGACCUCAUGAACCUGCCACCUCCUUCCCACUCUACCCCAGCUCACGCUCAGUUUGGAGCAGACGGGGCAGGACAGGGCAGCGGCGACGAUGAGGACGUCACAGCUGCGCGCAUCCUAAAACGAACCAGCAUUGAGAGUGGGGACGCUGGCAGCAGAGGCCCAACUCCAAGAAUCAAACGCAGAAACCAGGUGAUCUAUACAGCAGCGGAGGAUGACGAGUGUGAGGGAUAGUCAGGGAGGCAGUGUAAACUUCUCCGUUAGUUUAUAUUCAUUAAUUUAUGUACCUGCAGCUACUCACACGAGCUGUUCAAAGCAGAGGCAUGGCUUUAUUAAAAUGCCCGUAAAGGUGGACUGUACACGAGCAAAGAAUUUGUUUCUGGAUUCAGUUUCCACAGAAAUUAUACCCAUCAAAAUGUUUCGUUGUUUAAACAUGAUUUUUAUGUAUUUUAAUCCAGAUUUUUUAGAACACUUUUUCUUUUUCUGACAUUGUAAUUUCAAGAUGAUUAAAGAGGCCAGAAAGAUGAGAACAGCUUUUUUUUUUUUUUUUUUUU